CACGCCCACGAACACAGCGCCAUUGUUAGUGGCGCAUCGCAUAUAAACAACAAGGGGGCCCGUGGCAACCUCACAGCGGGAUCUUCUUGCGAGCAACCACUCCAGUCGCUAUCGUUCUCUCGAGGCUGAUCUUGCUUGAAGUUGUUGCUUGUCGAGUGGAGCAAGGUACCGAUCUCGCUGUUUGCCGACAGACGUCAACGAUGGCCUUCGUGGUGAAGGCUUAUUUGCUGCGCAAGGAUGAGUCUCGUCCGGAGAUUCGCCGUGUGGCCAUGGACGUGGAUGCAAGCAGCAGCUUCAUCUACCUCAAGGGGAAAAUUGCCCAGGCCUUCCCAUCCUUGGCCGAUGCAGGGUUCACCAUGCAUUACAAAGAUUCGGAGGAUGACCUCAUCGCAUUCUCCAGUGACCAGGAGCUUAUGGAAGCUCUGGGCAACCUUUCCGAGGAUGUGUUCCGCGUGUACAUCAAACUUGAUCGUGGGCAGCGCAAGAAAGACACUGGAGAUCAGGGUGGACAGGGUGGACUGGGUGGACAGGGUGGACAGGGUGGACAUGGUACACCGGGUGGACAGGGUGGACAUGGUACACCGGGUGGACAGGGUGGACAGGGUGGACGUGGUGCGCAUGGAGGGCACGGAGGUCAUGGAGGGCAUGGUUGGCAUGGGUGGUACGGGGGACACGGCGGACAUGGGGGGGGACACGGGUGGCACGGGUGGCAUGGUGGCAGCGUACACCCCCACGUGGUCUGCGAUGGCUGUGACGGCCCUGUGAUUGGAGUGCGAUACAAGUGCUCUGUGUGCCCCAACUACGACUUGUGCCAGAGCUGUCGUGACAAGGGCACACACGGCGAGCACGAGAUGACCACCAUCCCCUUCCCGAACUGCCAGCAGCAAGGGCCUCACGCCUGGGCGUGGUUUGGCACCCCUGGGCCACAUGGUGCCCAUGGUGCCCAUGGUGCUCAUGGUGCCCAUGGUGCCCAUGGUGCCCAUGGACGACAUGGGUCCAAUGGCCCCCAAGGGCAUUCCUUUGAUUUUGGUCGCCAUGCAUUUUGGGGGAUGGGCUGUCCCAUGGGAGGAUUUUCCACAAGUGCUGGGACCUCUACAAGCUUUGGGACCUCUACACAUACAAGCACAAAUGUUCCUGGAGCCGCCACCCAGGCUGAAGAACCAGCAGCUGAAGCACCCAGAGGAGAGCAGCCAAACCCUGCAGCGGACUUCCUGCAGAACAUCGGAGAGAACGUGGCAGCCAUGCUGGGCCCUCUUGGUAUUGACGUGAGCGUCGACGUAGAACAUGGUGGGCAACGGCGUCGCUGUGGAGCUCGUGCCGGCUGUGGUACUUGGGAGGCUCGUGGUCCAUGCUCGGGAAAAGAGAAGGCCAAGGGAGAGAAUAAGGAGGAUCCCAAGGGGCAGGGAAAGGGAGAAGAGACCAAGGGACAGAGUCCAUCCAAGGAUGAUGAACUUGGGAUGGAAACCGAAGAAGUCUCCGACAAUGACAAAGCCACGGCCACGGGUCCGGCUCGGGACUGGGAGACUGGGGAGGGGCCAAUGGGCGGUGGCGUCACCGCCAUGGAUACGGUGCCCAGCAGCAGCGGAGGCGUUGCCAUGGGUCCAGUUAACAACACCAGAGACAGUGUGCAGGGCUCGCAGGUGGGGGAGGCAGGAGGCGAUGAUGAGUGGACCUAUGUGACACCUGGGGAUGAUUCAGUGGGGGGCCCACGGGGGAGCACAGGAGGACCGCAGCAAGGGACAGGAGGGGCAGGAGGGUCGGAGAGCGCCGAGCCCCUCAAGGAAGACGGAGGAGGCCUGAGGGAGGCCGCCGCUUACCCCAACCUUCCCAAUGAUGCCGAGCCACGUCUGGUCGAAGCUCUGGCGCAGAUGCUUUCCAUGGGCUUCUCUGAUGAGGGUGGAUGGCUCGUCCGUCUGCUUCAGACCAAGGAUUGCGAUAUUACACGCACACUCGAUGCCCUGCAGCCAGGCCAGGCCAAGCCCGAGUGACCGCAACUAGUGGGAACUAAGGUCUGGUGCCUUUCCCUUGCGACUCAUUCCCAUGACCAGUUUUAGGCAACCAAUUUUAAGUUGGGCCACCUUUGACUGAUUACCUGAACAGUGCCGGAGUGGGUUAUUACAAUGGUUGAUAACUGGGAACCCUGUGCUGUAGGCGUACUGUUAUUUUUAUUUACUGGUGAGAAGCAUGAGUUUACCACAUUUGUUUUAAAAACACAACAACAAAUGGCAAUAGCAAAUUUUUUUUAAUGGUAAACUCAACCUUAAUAAAAACUGAUAGUUUUAGUACCCAGUGUAAGGUUUAAACCCAAUUGAAGGAGUUAUUUGCAAAAUGACAACCCGCCAUACAUUACCCCCACCCAACCUCACAAUUUCCUUCCCACCAAUGAUUCAUCCUCGCACGGUCGGGGAAUUGGUGUUGACCGGCUGCACAGUUUAUGGAAGUCUAAACCGGUGUGAAUUUUGUCAGUUUAAAACUGGUCAUAGAAAUGUAUAUAUGCUGAUCGAAAACCCAUCUGCAUUAUCUUUCGCUUGCAUUGCUGUUCUGCUGUCUUGCAUAUGAAGGACAGCUCAUUCCUGUUUCCUCCUCCCAUGAACACGGCUCUUUUACCAACGUUUAGAAUGCUUUUUCUCUAUACUCUUCCUUGCUGUCUCACUUUGUAUUUCACGUUCUCCAAACCCCAGUUUGUAUUUUCAUGGUCUCAUCCUCGUUCCAUUUUCCAUUUUGAGCACGUUUCCUGGCAGUAAUUAUAGUCCUGGCUGGAUGACGCUUAGCUUCGUCAAUGCUGACCUUUAUUCUCUACAGGUCUCAUAUUCAGCUUAAAACAACACCGUCUAUAGUUUUAAGAUACACGGUGUUGGGUGUUAAAAUAGUUCCUGAUUUAACGUGGUGAAUCAUUGAUAUAUGUAAUGUGCUGCAUGUUUUGUGUGUAUCGCAGCUAAAUAACAUGCAUACAUUUUUUAAGGUGAUUUGUGAUGUUGAAAGUAAUGCUGGUUAAAGUGGUGAUUGUUAAAGGUUUCUUCUGAUUAAAACUAUCGUUAUACACAUAAGCUGAUGGUUUUGAUGGAAGCUCAGUACACCCAUCAAGUAUCCAGAGCGAUUAUAAAAAAGUGCUCUCUGUUAACUGUAUAACACUACCACGUAAGAAAAAAUAAAAUUAAAAAGUAAUAUAUG